AACCGGAAAAACGAUCAUGGCCUAUUUCCCAUUGCGUUUCAGGUUUCGCAGUGUAUUCCAUCAACUAUUAGGCGAAAGCAGUCUUUAAAAGUAGAUUUAGCUCGCUUUUCUUACUAGUAACCCGACUAGUGACACAAACAUGAGCGACACUGAGAAAGACUUCAGAGAGAAGGAGUCACAGCCUGACUCGGGGAGUUCCUCCCCUCGACGAUCUUUAAAAUCGGCCAGCCGCUCGCCGGCACGCUCCAAAGGAGGAUCCCACCGUUCUAGGUCACGGUCUCAUUCGCGGUCCAGGUCCAGAUCCAAAUCCAAGUCGAGAUCUCGUUCUCACCGAAGCUCGCGCAGGAACUACUCGCGCUCUCGCUCCCGCUCUCACCGCCGUCGCUCCAGAAGCCGCUCUGGCAGCGGUGAAUCCCGCCGUCGCAGGAGUCACAGCCGGUCUCCCAUGUCCAACCGACGCCGGCACAUCGGCAACAGGGCCAACCCAGACCCCAACAUGUGUCUGGGUGUGUUUGGCCUGAGUCUCUACACUACCGAGAGGGACCUGAGGGAGGUGUUCUCCAAGUACGGCCCUCUGGCGGACGUCAACAUCGUGUACGACCAGCAGUCUCGCCGCUCCAGGGGCUUUGCUUUCGUCUACUUUGAGAACUACGGGGACUCCAAGGAGGCCAAGGAGCACGCCAAUGGGAUGGAGCUGGACGGUCGCCGGAUCCGUGUGGAUUUUUCCAUUACCAAGCGAGCGCACACCCCUACCCCUGGCAUCUAUAUGGGAAGACCCACAUAUGGUGGUAGUGGUGGGGGUGGCGGCGGAAGCAGCAGCAGCAGCGGUGGCGGCGGCGGCGGCAGCUCAUCGAGGCGCAUGUCAAGGGACUACGACAGAGGAUACGACAGAGGGUACGACCGGGGUUAUGACCGGGACUAUGAUCGCUACGAGGACAGAGAGUACAGAUCGUACAGACGAAGGUCUCCGUCACCUUACUACAGCAGAGGGUACCGCUCUCGAUCCAGAUCACGGUCCUACUCCCCACGCCACUACUGAGCAGUGAGUCGUCGUCCCAUGUUUUAUAUUUGUUUUGACCACGGCACGGCGAGCAAGUACACACUUCCUUUUAAUGUCUGCGGAACCUUGGUUAGUGGUGGGGGGAAAAGCAUGAAAAUACAACAAAAUCAUUUUUUGUGCACAGCACUCCAAUCCCUGAAUUUUCAACUUGCUUUGCUGUGAAACCUGGAAUCAAAAUGACAAUGUAAUGUGGUUGCAAAGUUAAAAGUACAGAUUUGUUUUAGUGCAAAAUUGGCUUUGAAGUCUGGAUGUUUUUUUAUAUACAAGCAAGUUUGUCAGUGACAUUUCCAGCUUCAUGUAGUGGUUUGUAUGCAGCUGCUUUUCUUUUUUGGCCUUCCUCUUGACAAUUGUUAAUGUUCUCACAUGUUCUGUAGCUAUUGUUCCAAGAAGUCUCGGUCAUCAAACAUGAAACAUGUUUUUCCUCUACAGAUCAAAUCAUACUUUUUGCAUUGUAUUGAAUACAUCUUUAUUCAAGGUGUUGAAUGUAGAGAUCAUCUGUUUGUGAUACAUUUUGUCACAUGUUUCCCAAUGGUAAGGAGUAAAAAAUAACAUGUAUAUAAUUGCUUGGGUCCCUUCUGCAGUUUAGUCAUGAGUUGGCUACACUUGAUCUGAGUUGUAUGUAUCGUACAUUUUAUUGUUUUGAGUUCCAAAUAAAAGAUCACAGGAUCAC